AUGUCGGACCACCAAAACCCGGAUCAGCCGCUCCAGGAGCUGGCGACAGCAGCUCAACUCGACGAGGAGCUCGAACAGCAGCAGCAAAAGGAGCUCGAACAGCGACAACAGCUGCUUCAGCAGCAGCAAGCAGCAGAACUCGACGCUCGUCGUCAAGCAGAGGCCCUCGUAGCAGACACUUCCUCCUCAGCUCCUCCCACCUCCGCCAGCCUCACGCAGUCCAGCCGGCUCCCACUCUUGUCUGCAUCAGACCCACACGACCCCGAGCAGCUCGCAGCCAACUCUCUUGGCGAUGUGGACGCCGUCAUUGCUGCCGCCGUCAACGCAUCCAAGCAGCACGCGGAGCAGGAACGUCUCCAAGAAGAGCAGAGAGCUGCUCAGCAGCACAACCACGAUGCCAGCACUCCUCCUUCUAUGGACGUCGAUCCUGCCCACCAAUCCAACAUCGAUCCUCCAGCCGCCGCUGCCGAUUCCUCCGCAGCCGACGAAUCGAUGCAGGCACAAGACGACCCGGACGCUUCCAUCAUGUCCGUAUCCGGUUCGCCUGCCAAGCAAGAUCCCACCGACAACUCCUCUGCCAACCUCACUUCCACACCCAAGCCCAAAAAGGAACGCGCCAAACCCAAACCGCGCUCCAAGUCCGCCACAAAGAUCACGCGUUUUCGAAAGAUCACCAGCUGCCUUCAAUGUCGAGAGAAGAAGCAAAAGUGCGACCGUGUCAAACCCGUCUGCGGGAACUGCCGCGAGAACCCUUCCGACGACCCUUGCCACUAUGUCGACGAUCGCAAACGUCCCAAUUCGGACGAGGAAGACGCCGGCGCCGAUACCUCAAUAGGCUCGCCCAUCGUACGCAAGCGCAAGGAACCCGAGGACGCCAUCAUCAGCAGCGGCAACAGUCGCGUUUUCAAACGCGCCGACUUCCCGCGUGUCAACGACCGGCGUCAGGCCGUCAUGCUCCAAACGCGUCGAGAGAUGGUCGAGAAGCUCGAAGGCGUCGGUCGAGACCGUUCGCGCGAUUUCAACACUCGCGUCAAUGCAGCCCGUGCUGCUGCUAUCGCAGACGUUCUCUUCGAGAGCGCCAUCACUUUGCCCACAGCCGACGAGAUCUCGGCGUUGCUCUACACCUACAAGACCCAGGUCGAGCCUUUUGUCAAUGUGGUCGUCAUCGACAUCAACAUCGCCCGCAUACAGAGCUUCCUUCGAUGGUGGCAUUCCAAGCCCACCACGAUGCCCGCCGACCCUCCUCUGGUUCCGCUUCUGCUCGUCAUCCUCGCGCUCACCCUCCAAGUCAAGCGCAAUUCGCCCGAGUUUGAGCGACACAACCUCAAAAACUUUGCACCCAUCCCCGGCGUCGAUUGCUCCGACGAGCGUACACUGCUCAGCGUCGCCGGUCACUGCAUCGACGCUCUCCAGAUCGCCUGUCCCUCGGCUUGGUCCAGCGCCUUCCAGGCUCCCAUCGAUCUCGCAAAGGCUUCGUUGCUCCGUGGCAUCUGGCACCUCAACGAGCUCAAUCUCCAAUUUGCGGGGACGUGCUUUGCGCUCACCACGCGUCUCGCUCAUGCCGCCGGUCUGCACCGCGACCCCGAGCAUUGGUCCGGCAUGCGCAUCGAAGAGGCGCAGGCUCGUAGGAACUUGUGGUGGAACAUCGUCUUCUUCGAAGUAGCCCACGCCCACCGUAUCGGCCAGCCCCCGUGCUUGACCCAUGAAGGCUUCGAUACCCAGUAUCCCGAUGACUACGGUGCCCUCUAUGCUAUGUACGAGCGUGCCGGCCUCGCCGACCCAGACCCUAGCCGCAUCAUCCUCCCGCCCGGCGCCACCGCCCUCGUACCGCGCACGCCCAGCCAGACCAACUUCGACUACCACUGGGCUCGCUUCCGAAUCUACCACAUCUUCUUGCGACAAAGCCAGCAGCUCUUCCGCUUCGGCAUCUCGUCGCCGCCGGAUCCGAAUCUGAAUGACGAGUACGCCAAGUGGCGCGACAAUCUGCCCGACAAGCUCAAGCUGCACUUUGAGCGUCGAUCCAAGGGCUCCGUGCGACCGAGUACCGAAUUGAUAGCGCAGGUGGCAGCCCAGACGUUUGCGACCCGCGUCUACGACCCCAAGCUCACCGAAGAGCUUCAGGACUACCAGCAGGGCUACAGCCUCGAGUUCAUGUACCAUCAGUGCAUGAUCACCUUGCAUAGGCCCUACAUUGACGAGCAGGGUGCUUGGAAGCCGCCCGAGUCGGUGCAAAAAUCGCUCGAGGUGUGUCUGCACUCGGCCGAGGCGCUCAUCAACACUGUCGAGGAUGUGCUGGCUGUGCUGCCUGCCAACAGCAUGUACAACCAGUGCGCGUACUUUGCCUUCAAUGCCGGCCUCAUCCUGGCGAUCCAUUGCAAGCUCGACCCAACCUCGCAGGUGCAUCGCCCUCACAUCCAAAAGGCGCUCGACUUGCUGGACACGCUUUCCGGGAUGGCGAGACUCACCAAUGUUGCCGAGCAGGCGGGUCGCUACAGCUCGACGCUCAAGCAGAUGCUGCACGGCAUCGGCGGCGACCUUGCCAGCCUAGCGUCGGGCAAGUCGGGAGCUGCCCCCUCCUCUGCCGCUGCGACUGGUGCGGGUGCCACUGCGACGACGAGCGAGAGCCAGCACGGCGAGAGCAAUGGCGACGUUGCCGGCACCGAGCAGGGCAAGGGCGAGGCAGCCGACGUGCGCCAAGGCGGUAUUCUUGGUGCGCUCGACCCUUCGUUGGGGGACAGCAGCGAUGCUGGCGCGCGCACGGACGUCGAUGGAGGGCCGGACCGCAUCCCUGCCUUUUUGCUUCCUUUUGUGGGGCUGCCGACCGACCCGAACAACCUCGGCCCGCAGACGGGCAACUCGUUCUGGAGCGAAUCGCUGCUCGACCGUCCACUGGUGGGCGUGCCCGUCGCCUAUCCUGUGGGCUUCGGACAGGGCGUGUUGUCGAACACGGAACAGCAGAAUGGCAGCGGUUGGCCGACCGACGCCAGCGCGGGGACAGCGGCGCACGCAGAGCCUCAAGCGCAGCAGUCGCACGAUGGCGGUCUCGCGACCGAACCCACCGGCGCCGCUGCCGACGGUGGCGAUGCCGGGACAGCCGAAGCAUCCGCCGACGCAUACAACCUCUACGAGCUCCUCGGCGGCCGCGAACUAGGCUCCGACAUGCCCGAUCGACCCAUGUCCUUCUCCCAACACUACAACCACCAAAACCCGGGUCGAGAUCAAGCUUCGUCCGCCUCCUACCGCACUUACGUCCAGAACUCCCUUGCACGCACCUACGAUCAACAGCAGCAGAACGCUCAGAACAAAGACGGCGAAGGCGCAGAUAAGGCGGGCGGUGAGAAUGGGCUGGAUGCCGCCGACCAGCUGCCGAGCGAGAGCGCGCUCAAUGCGGUAGCUGCAGCGGCGGCCGCGGCGGCAGAGGCCGAGGGCAAGGAGGGCUUGGAUCCGAGUGCUCAGGGCAACAAUCUGGCGGGCAUGUGGUAUGCUUGGGAAAACUUUUCCCAGAUGCUCAACAAUCGACAGUGA